AUGUCUUUUAUUGACCUCCUCUUCCCCCAGAAGGAGCUCGAGGCUCUGGGGAACAAAUGGCACGAGCCCGCACCCAAGAGGAGGAAGUUGGACAGUGGGAGUAUUCAAGUGGUGAAGGGGUCUUUCGGGGGUCAAUGUAGGCCAAGCAGCAACGAGCAAUACCUCCAACAACGCCGUCAUCGAGUGUCGACACCAGCCUCUCUCCAAUAUGGCCGGCCGCCGUCAUCCUCGCUCGAGCAUACGAAUGUCCGCGGCACCAAGAGAGCCAACUCGGACUCUCAGUCCUUCAGCAGCACACCCGACGUCAACGUGGAUGCCCAGAUGACCAAGGCCAUGUCGUGGUUACCGAGCUUCAUCGAGCCGUCUCUGGUGCGAAACUACCUUCAACAUCUCCACCCCAAAGACCGUCACCGCUACACCAUCUCCCACGUGCCGAAGCCAGACUCGAGACCGAGAGAGAGACAGCCUCAGCCUCGACCAUCUCCGCCCAGUGUCGUCGAGGAAGCGCUGUCUUCACCAGGAUCUCUGAUUGCCGACACAUCGGCGUCUCCAGCAUCUACCGACAGCUGCCCUACUCCGGCGGCCAUCUGCGAGCAGUUCCGUUCGGGGCCAUUUGGACACAUCUUUGACGGGAUGCGCCUGACGGACAACGAGCGAGAGAUGAUGGAAGAUCUGCUGAGUCCAUCUGCGCCGCUCACCGAGGACGGCGUGGCAUGCGGACAGCAAGCCCCUCUGAAGGAAGCACCUCCGACGAUCCAACUAGUAUCCGAAGACUACGCCGAGAUUGACCAAGCACUGCUCCAGAACAUGAUUACUCCAUUGGAAAAGCUUUCUGGGAGACCAACGGGCUUUGCGGUCAGCGAGUCCACCUGCGCGGAUGACGAGUAUGACGUGCACUCGUCGGGAUUGAGUCCUGCAGCUGAAGAGGCAGAAGCAUUGGAGGCAGGGGAGGUCGAGACAGCAGAAACAGCGGAGCCAGCGGAGGAGCAAACGACAAGUCACCGGGGAUUCGUGGUGUACGACUACAGUGUUCUCAGCGUGGACGACUUUUUUGAUUUGGACGAAGCGUCUUCGAGCUGA